UUAUCAAACUAUAAAAUAUAAAUAUCAACCUCCUCCUUAAAUACAAAGAAUAAAAAAACAAUAACAGCAGAUAAUUUCAUAAUUGAAGCAAAGCAAGAAGUUUCAUUUCAUUUCAUUUGUUUGUGUCAAUGGAGUUAGGUGGGUCCCUUUUGCACUGGUAAAUGACAGCCUAAUCACCAGCCUGGAAAGGGUUGUUCAUGUUAUACAAAAAGCUCUUUGCUUUACUCUAUUUUCAUGGCUGCUCUCAGUUUUUCAUCUUUAACUCCUUAAACCCCAUCUCCAUUCUCACAUUUUCCACCAGGUUCUAAUUAUCCUCCUCUCUUGUUUGUUGUUUCAGUUUGUUUUUAUUCUUUGUUGUGGUAAAAAUGUGUAUUCUUUGAGUUUUUGUAUGCAUUGGUGAACUGGUUUAGAUGAGUUAGAUCUAUGUUGGUUUUUGUUUUUGAGUGAUUUGAGGAUUUGGGUUUUUGUUUGUGAGUGAUUUUAGGAUUUGGGUACUUAGUUUUUUUUGGUUUUUUAGGUGAUGCAUUUUAGGAUUACAUUGAAGUUCUAGACUUGGACAUAGGUGUAUUGGUAGAAAUUUUGUGUUUUGGAUGAAGAUGACAGUAUAUAGUUGGUUAGCUUUGGUUUUUUUGGUUGUGAUAUUUGGUUAUAAUGGAUCAUUUGCUGCAUUUACUCCUCCUGAUAAUUACUUAAUUGCUUGUGGUGCUUCUCAAAAUGUUAGUUUCCAAGGUAGGACUUUUGUUCCUGAUUCAGGGCAUUCAUCUCUCACUUUAAAGACUGGUACUUCUGUUGUUGCUAGCUCUAAUUCUACCUUUCCUUCUCCUAUCUAUCAAUCCGCUCGGAUUUUCUCCGGUAUAGCUUCUUAUAGAUUCAAAAUUCAGCAGGAAGGCAGGCAUUGGAUCCGCCUUUACUUCUAUCCUGUCCCGAAUUCGGGUCAAAACUUGUCGUCCGCAUCGAUUACGACAGUCACUGAUGAGUAUGUGCUCUUGAAUAAUUUUACAUUUGAGAACUUUAAUGGUUCUUAUAUGUUCAAGGAGUAUGCAGUCAAUAUCUCAUCUGAUACCUUGACUCUUUCCUUCAUUCCUUCGAACAAUUCCGUAACUUUUGUUAAUGCAAUUGAAGUUGUUUCUGUCCCUGAUGUAAAUUUCCCUGAUCAGGCGUUUACUGUAAAUCCGCGUGCUCCUUUUGGGGGUCUUUCUGAUCUCGCAUUUGAAACUGUUUACCGAUUAAAUGUGGGUGGUCCAUUGAUCACAGCGCAAAAUGAUACUGUUGGAAGAAUUUGGGAGAAUGAUUCUAAAUACCUUCAUGUAAAUAGCUCUGCUGUGAAUGUUACAGCCAACCCUGCAUCCAUAAAGUAUCCACCCUCUGUUACUCCUGAAAUAGCACCAAAUAUGGUUUAUUCUUCCGCUGAAGCCAUGGGAGACGCAAAUGUAGCCAGCAUGAACUUCAACAUAACUUGGGUCUUUCCUGUUGAUCCAAACUUCAGAUAUUUUGUUCGAGUGCAUUUCUGUGAUAUUGUUAGCAAGGCUCUGAAUUCUCUUGUGUUCAAUCUUUAUGUAAACGAUGAUAGCGCCCUUGAUAGUUUUGACCUUUCAUCGUUCACCAAUGAUCUAAAUGUACCAUAUUACAGAGACUUCGUCUCUAAUUCCUCUCUGGAGUCGGAUACUUUGACUGUUAGUGUUGGUCCAGAUAUGCAAGCUGAUAUCACCAAUGCAACCAUGAACGGUCUGGAGAUUCUGAAGAUCAGCAAUGACGCUAAGAGCUUGGAUGGGCUCUCUACCGUUGAGAACCUUCUUCCUGAAUCACCCUCAAAGAAAAGCAAGACAGCAAUCAUAAUCGGUUCAGUUAUUGGAGCUGUAGCUGCAUUUGCUUUGUUUGGUUUCUGUUACUGUUGCUUGGUGGCUCGCAAGUCAAAGACCACUAACCAAGGUCACUCAUGGCUGCCUUUGCCUUUGUAUGGAAAUUCUCAAACCAUAACUAAAAUGUCCACAAUUUCUCAAAAGAGUGGAACAGCAAGCUGUAUUUCAUUGUCUUCUAUAAAUCAUGGCCGGGUCUUCACAUUCCAAGAAAUCCUUGAUGCAACCAACAAGUUUGAUGAGAACUUGCUUCUUGGGGUCGGCGGCUUUGGUAGGGUCUACAAAGGAACACUUGAAGAUGGGACUAAACUAGCCGUAAAGAGAGGAAACCCUAGAUCAGAACAGGGCCUUGCUGAAUUCCGAACUGAGAUUGAAAUGUUAUCCAAGCUCCGCCAUCGCCAUCUUGUCUCUCUUAUUGGCUAUUGUGAUGAACGGUCUGAAAUGGUCCUUGUUUAUGAAUUCAUGGCUAAUGGACCUCUGAGGAGCCAUCUGUAUGGAACAGAUCUACCACCAUUAUCGUGGAAGCAAAGACUUGAAAUAUGUAUUGGUGCUGCAAGGGGGCUUCAUUAUCUUCACACAGGCGCUACUCAAAGUAUUAUUCACCGAGAUGUCAAGACAACAAAUAUUCUCCUGGAUGAGAGUUUCGUUGCCAAGGUUGCUGAUUUUGGCCUCUCAAAAACUGGACCAGCUAUUGAUCAGACUCAUGUGAGUACUGCAGUUAAGGGCAGCUUUGGUUACCUUGAUCCUGAAUACUUCCGCAGGCAACAACUCACUGAGAAAUCUGAUGUGUAUUCAUUUGGGGUUGUUCUAAUGGAAGUUCUCUGUACUAGACCAGCUCUCAAUCCUGUUCUCCCAAGGGAGCAAGUAAAUAUCGCAGAAUGGGCAAUGAUGUGGCAGAAGAAAGGCAUGUUGGACCAAAUCAUGGACUCCAAUCUGGUAGGAAAGGUGAAUCCAGCUUCACUCAAAAAGUUUGGCGAAACUGCUGAGAAAUGCCUUGCUGAGCAUGGAGUUGAUAGGCCAUCAAUGGGAGACGUUUUAUGGAAUCUUGAAUAUGCUCUCCAGCUUGAGGAGACGUCAUCUGCGCUCACGGAACCAGAAGAUAACAGUACAAACCAUAUCCCAGGAAUUCUGACACCUCUUGAACCAUUUGACAACAGUGUCAGCAUAAUCGAUGGAGGGAACUCUGGAACAGAUGAUGAUGCUGAAGAUGCUGCAACGAGUGCUGUGUUUUCCCAGCUAGUAAAUCCCCGUGGAAGAUAAUAGAAUACAGAUUGCCACUCAUUUUUGGCCAGCAGAAAUCAACGUUUUGGCCUUCCAGUCAGAUGAAUAGUUUUCUUGAAAAACGUUGUCAAGAAAAUACACCAAGGUUAUUCCUUAUCACAUUACUCCAUUGUUUUACCUCAAUUUUUCAUUUAUAGUAUAUUUAGUUUGUAAUAUAUUUCGCCAAAGAUUGCAUGUAAGGCACCAUAAGAUUCUCUCAUUGUCUUGAUCUAAUAUUCAUCCGGGGUUCAGCUGCCCGGGUUAUUUUUUCCAUUUACACAGUUACAAGAUAUUCAAUGUAUUAAUAUCAUAAACUUUUGUUCA